AUACUAAAUAAUUUAUUCAGCAUCUACAAUAUAUAUAGAGAGUUAGUUAUGUCUGACUCUGGAUGGAAUACGAUUGAUUCAGACGCAGGCGUUUUCACUGAACUCGUCGAGAAACUUAACAUCAAAGAUGUACAAUUUGAUGAUCUUUACUCUAUAGAUAGUGAAUCCUUAAGAUCAUCACUUCCAAUUCGAGGGGUCAUCUUCUUAUUCAAGUAUGGAAAGAUUGAUAGGGAGUAUGCUAAUUCAAGUCAAGGAAAUAUACCAUUAACUGGAUCAUAUGAACCUGAUUACCAAGAAAAAGGAAUAUUCUUUGCAAAUCAAACAAUCCAAAAUGCUUGUGCCACCCAAGCUGUAUUAAAUGUCCUUCUUAAUACGACAGAAGUUGAUUUAGGAGAUGAGUUGGGAAACUUCAAACUGUUUGUAACAGGCUUUGAUAGUGAACUUUGUGGAGAAACUAUUUCAAACAGUGAACUUAUUAGAACAGUACACAAUUCAUUCUCAGCCCCACCUUCCAUAGCAGAUGAAGAUAAGAAGAAUAGACCAAACAAUGUUGAUGAGAAAAAUGAUGGGUUAUUCCAUUUCAUUGGUUAUGUUCAAAUAAAUGGUUUCAUUUAUGAAUUGGAUGGAAUGAAGAGAUUCCCAAUCAAACAUGUUGAGUGUAAUUCCGAUGAUGAGUUCUGUGAAAAGCUUCCACAAGUUAUUAUGGAAAGAAUAGGCAAAUAUGGUGAAGAAUUACGGUUUUCAUUAUUAGUAAUGACCAAUAAUAAGUUAAAACAAUACGAAGCACAGGGUGAUUAUCAGAUGAUUAAUAACGAAUUGUUAAAGCGUGAGACUUGGAAACGAGAGAAUGAGCUCAGAAAGCAUGACUAUACAAAGCUAAUCAUUCAAUUGUUAAAGGGGGUGGGUAGAGAUAUGGAUGAUACUGAAUGGAAUGCUCUUUUGGAUGAAGGUCGUAAAAAGGGUCAAGCAAAGUUACUUGCAAGUUACAAAAGGCAUUAAUUUAAUAAAUAGAGUCUAUAUUCUAAAUAUUCAUAUACAUAUAUAUAUAUAUAUUACACCA